AUGCGUGUAAAUAUCGAUCCAGCGUUACUUCGGCACAAGUUGGACGUAUGGCAGGCGUGGUUCAAGGCGGAGAAGCCGGUGUUUCAAAUCUCUGUGGGAGUUCUCGCGAUUGGUGAGAUAUUUUGAACUUUUUUGUUUGUGUUUUAGAUAGCAAAUGGUUUUAAAGUAAGAUUGGACUAGAUGAAGAUGCUGAUGAUGGUAGUAGCUUGAAAUGUUUUUCAUGAGAUGGUCUAAGCUAUUGUCAAACUAUAGAAAUGGCUCUUAAAGCUGCCUGUUGUCAAUGUCGAUGACAAAACAGCUAUUUCUUACUCUCCCCACAUCAGCCAUGUAUUGCAAUAUAAUUUCUCCAAUUUUUCAGGGUUCCUUCUCUCCCUCAUCAAUCCAAUUUACAAUUUCUUCUCCUACACACCCAGUAGCCUAUUUCUAUUGCAUAUCUGGCGACCAUUCACGGCAGCCAUCACCGAAACAAACGUGUUUCUUUUGCUCUGGUCAGUACUUGCAUUCCACCAACUGACCGAGGUGAUCUCUCCUCUCUGGGGCCUGAAUGAAGUCCUCAAAUUUUGCCUCAUUGUACAUUUUGUCACAUUGUUCGCCUUAUCAAUGAUUGCGCUCGGGUUCUUCGCGCUUUUUGGCGCCGUCGACUUCUUUUACUUUGCCCAUCUGAAUGGAUUGGCCCCGGUGAAUGUUGCGGCUCUGGUGGCUAUAAAACAGGUAAUAAUUUAUUUAUUUUUUGCUUGUGUGUUUAGGUAGCUGAGGACAUGUUCUUGUAUUCUAAACUGCAUGCAAGAGGCACAAUUUCUCUUCCAAAUAUUUCUUUUUCUCCCACACACCCGUGUUGAGCCAUGAAUAAUAUAUAAAUUGUUUUAGUUUCUGCCGGACACCGUCCUCAUAACAACUUCAAAAGGAAGAUUAAAGAAUAAUCAUCUGCCAUUGUCUUCGUUAACACUGGUAAUCAUCGCUUACCUCGUUGGAUUAGUCCGCUACGGAGUGAUCUUCCAGACAGCUAUGGGGAUUCAAGUUUCGUGGACUUAUCUUCGAUUUAUUCAAAAACGAGAGCUCCGGCAAGGGGAGAAGGGCGACCAGAGUGACCAUUUUGCUUGGCACACGUGAGUUUGUUGAUUUGGGACAUUAUUUUAGGGAUAAAUUUGCAAAUUUGGGCAAAAAGAUUGGGAUUUUUUUGUUUUUUUUUUGAGAUGAGGGAUUUAAACUAUUUUUUGUUGGGGUAAAUUUUGUUUAUGCUUAAGAAAUUAGCGGAGAAUAAUAUUUUCAGCCUCUUCCCCCGCAUUACACAGCCAUUUUUCCAAGGCAUUGGAAAAAUUGCGUAUAGGUCACUCUUCAAACUUCGACUCCUCAAAAAAGUGGAUAGAAUGAUACUGCCACAAGUGAAUGAAGAUACAAUGUUUGAGUUGGACCUUGACAGAGAAGCAGAACGAAAGAGGUUGGUUUUGGCCUUUUAUUUGGCGAUCUUUUAGAUGUGAUGUUGGACAUGUUUGAUCGUAUAAAAUGUCACUUUUUUUGUGAAAAUUGAUAAUUGAAACCGAUUUUUUAGACAAAUUGCCCUCCGAGAGCUGCAAGCACGCCUUAUGCAGCAAAAACGUGCCUCUCCGAUACCCCCAGCCCGACCUUCACAGCCGUUAGCACCAGUCCCUGAGGCAAGAGAACCAACCCCCAAUAUUCCCGAAGUUCUCCCUCCAUUGGACCUGGGCUCGGACUAA